AUUUUUUUGUUCAUUAUUAAUUUCCCGCCACUUCGUCGACUUAGCAGAUUCUUUGCUGUCAUCGUAACAACUUAGAAACUGACCUGGAUUAAGUCGUCGCUUUCACUUCCUUCCUUCGUUGCUUAUAGUGAGUACCUGGAUUUGUAUUUAUGGAAUUGUGGAGAUACCAACAUCAAUGUCUUUGGUAUUACUACCUGAAAACCUGACUAAAAUUCUGGUCGUUCAGGAAAAGAAGAAAAAAAAAAAGGAAAAGGAUAAACUUUUCAUCGAUGCUGCUCCGCUAAAAAAUUUUCAACGUCGGCUAAUAGGCUAGGCUGGUAGUAAGCUUUCUAAUUUUUACAUUGAUUUUUUUUUAUUUAAUUUUUUUUUUCUUUUGUGAAGUUUAUUAGUAGACAGUUAUGUAGUAAUGGCAUCAUGCUAACUUCUGUCUUCUGUUUCGAACUUAGAUUUACAAGCACCACAUCAUUAUCACCAUCGCUUGUUGUCAACGCCGCCUUUCCUCGUUUACCACUUCUCUGCCGUCGCCAAUCACGUACUAUAGAAUUCACUCCAUCACCACCAUCAUCAGACAGAGGUGACUGCUGCCACCGCGACCUCCCUCCCUUCCAUACAGAUACUCUCACAACAGUUUCGCUUCUACCACGUUGAUGCAUGUCUACUCUUACUAUUACCAUUACUACAACUACUACUCUCAUCUUAAUCGAAGGUGAGGCAAGCCCUGGAGAUAAUUAAUCUCUCUUACCUUCACGGUUACUAUAUAAUAUUACUACGAGAGAGAGAGAGAGAGAGACACACACACACAAUCAGACAGACAGACAGACAUACCGGUAUUCAACCGAAGCACCAAGUUUGUCAGGCGUCUUACUACUAGUGUAGUGUUCCACUAGUCCAUUCUAGUGCACCACUAGUAAACCUGCUCAAAAUGGGUCUGUCCGGAGAUGAAGAUGUGGAGCAAAGAUUCUCCAAUUUAUGUCGAGAUCUUAACAUGGACAGAAGUAGCCAAGAGGAGGCGUGGGAAUCUUAUCGUAGGAUUCGCACCUACUUUGUACUUGAGGGGGAACCACUACAUUGGUUGGCAUGUGCUGCUUACGUAGCUUGCAGACGGAGUGUGGUUCCGACGGUUGGACAAGGGACCAUGGAGGGGAAUUGUGUUUCUCUGACCCGGCUUCUUUCUACAGCUGAUUUUAACUUGAUUCACUUCUUCAGCAAAAUGAAGAAAUGGUUGAACAUGGCAAGUUUGCCUCAAGAUUUCAGAGAUAAGAUUGAACGUCUUGAGAGGAACUUUUCAGUAUCUACAGUGACUUUCAAAAAGUACCGGCCAAUAUUCUAUGAUGUUUUCAACAGUGCCUCAGUCCAACCACGGUAUAACCGUAGCAGGAAACAACGUAAAAUGCCCUGUUCUGUGACAGAAUUAUUUUCUUUCUGUUGGACAAUGUUUGUACAGGUCAAAGGCCAUUUUCCAGCAAUCAGUGAUGACCUGGUUAACUCUUAUCAUUUAUUGCUGUGCUGCAUUGAUUGGUGUUAUGCAAAUGCCUUGAUUGCUGGACGUAAAGAUAUUCUUAACCACAGUUUUGCAGGACUUCCUGAGAAUUUCCAUAACAAAGACUGGAAGCCUCCGUCUGAAGCUCCGUGUAUCAUAAAACUUCUUUGUGAGAAACACAAUGGACUUGUUGUUGAUGCUAAGACAAUUAAAGAACAUCACUGGAAACCCUAUUUGAAAGAACUUUUCAGGAAACCCCAUUCGAAGCAAAUGUUCAGGGAGCCCAUAUUAAGGGGCAACGAAAGUAACUUAGCCGGUGUGUUGGACACUGGAAACUUUGAAGCUAAUUUUAAAGCAAUCAACCGUGCUUAUGGGGAAUAUGUCUUAAGAGUAGGAGAUUUUGAUGAAACGAUAUUCUUGGAAAAUUACGCCACUGAAGAGAUUGGAACUCCUAGAAAUCAAUCGGAUUUUUCAGAUGGAAUUCCAAUGGAUCGAAGUAUUCACCAACAUUUGGAUGAAACACGAAGUCUUGCACCACCAACCCCUUUGACAGGGCGGCGCUAUCUGAAAGAGAAAGAUCCCAACAUCACGCCUAUAUCAACUGCUACUCAGAGUGUUAGUCGGUUGCAAGCUCUGUUGUCUGGCCGGAAGACCUCACCAAGUGAAGGCCUUAUAGCAAUAUUUGAGGAGUGUUCUAGGAAUCCUUAUAAAGCAAUCAUGAAUCGAGUGAAAGAAAUGGGAGAGAUAUUUUGUACAAAUUUCAUUCAACCUUCCGACCAUCCUGGAGCACACAGUGACUUUGCACGUAACCGUUUGCAAUUAGCAGAAAGUCUGUACUUUAAAACUCUAGAAAGUAUUGCUGUGGACGAGAAGAAGAGGUUUUCAGCUAAAGACGGCAACAAAGAUCUCACAGUUGUUCUGGAACACGAUAUUUUUCAAAGAUCACUAUUUGCUUGUUGUCUUGAAAUUGUGAUAUUUUCUUAUAAUUCUCAAAGGACAUUCCCAUGGAUUGCUGAAAUCUUUGAGUUGAGUCCUUGUCAUUUCUAUCGAGUAAUUGAAAUGGUAAUCAGGGCUGAAGAAGGUCUUUCUCGUGAUGUUGUGAAACAUUUGAAUCUCAUCGAAGAAUCUAUUCUGGAAAGUUAUGCUUGGAAAAGCACAUCUCCUCUUUGGGAUGCUAUUCGUGAGCAGGAGAGCAUACCAACUUGUGAAGAGGUAUCUCUACCUUCUCAGCUUGAAACAAUGACUGCUUCUCCUCCACUUCACCCUGGUAUCCGGCGGUUAGUUGAUGAAGGGAAAAGUACUUAUUAUCAGCAAUCACCAAGUACUUCCAUCAGUGGACGGUUUGGUUCACCUAACCCUGGAACUGCCCGCAGGAAACUUUUCAGCACGGAAACACCAUCAGCAGCACAAGUAACAAAUGUGUUGAUGGAGUCUGUGUCAUCAGGUACUGAGGCACAGCAAAUAACAGUAGGUGCCACUGGUACAAAUACCGAUCUGACAAAUGCCUCUGCUAAUACUAUUGUAGCCAGUAACAAUGAGAAUGCUGCCCCAUCUUCGCAAACUCGUAUAAUUACUUUACAACAUGGUCAACAGGUGGUGAUAGUACAGCCAAUUGUUUCUAAUACUACCUCUGUCAGUGUGCCUUCCAAUACAGUUGUGACAACCUCACAACAACCACAACAGCCACAACAAACACUGCAACAACAACAGCAAUUACAGCAACCACAGAAACAGAAGCCCACUGCAAAACCCAAACGUACAGGAUCUCUUGCCCUUUUCUUUAGGAAGGUAUAUCAUCUUGCUGGUGUACGUCUAAGGGACCUUUGUGAAAAGUUAAAAGUGAAUGAAGAAGAGCUACAAAGAAAAAUGUGGACAUGCCUUGAGCAUUGUCUUGUAAAUGAGAUCAGUUUAAUGAAGGAUAGGCAUUUGGAUCAAAUCAUUAUGUGUUCAAUGUAUGUCAUUGCUAAGGUAGCGACAGAUCCACCACAAACAUUCCAGAAUAUCAUGAGAUGUUAUCGCCUCCAACCUCAAGCUCAAUCUCAUGUUUAUAGAAAUGUACUGCUUUCCUCUAGAAGACGACGAACAUCAGGGAGUAGUGACAGCAGCAGGAAUGGAACAAGUGGUUCUUCUUCACCUGUUACCAUCGAAAGGGAAGAUUCUAAGGAGAAGGACAAACGAAGGACUGAAGCCUUGAGUAUCCGGUCAUCCAGCACAUUACCGGUUCCACAUCCCAACAGUCAGCCUCCUACUCCAACCAAACUUAUUGGAAUGGGUUCUACGUUAGAAAUGGGGGAAGAAAGAGGUGAUCUCAUCCAGUUCUAUAACCAGGUAUUUGUGAAGAGGAUCAAGGAAUUUGCUUUGAAAUUUUCUGCUAAUCAAUCAAACGAUAAACCUCAUUUAUCACCAUUGCCAGUGGCUAGGUCACAUACGUCUUCACCGCGUCGGGUAUCUAAUAAGCACAAUGUCUACAUAUCUCCCCAUAAGACAAACCCUGGGGGAACACCUCAUAGUGGGAAGGUGUACUGUUUCAGCAUGAGUCCUGCCAAAGAUUUACAUGCCAUAAAUGAAAUGAUCAAGAAAGUGCCUGGGAAGCGGUGCUUGGAAAUCGAAGAUGAUAUUUGCCCAUCUCCAGCCAAACGCCCUGAACUUAUGAGACGACUUCAAGAUGUUAACAAGGAUCGACAGAAGGAACAGAAUGGUAUUGGUAUUUAAUUGCCCCAUUGCCAAUAUGUGUUGGGAAGUGUGUCACAAGCUAAGGAUUUUGCUGUGACAAAUCUUUGUUUUUCUUUUAUUUAUUUGUUUUUCUUUGAUAUCUUUAAACAAAAAAAAAACCCUGAAAAAUAUUGUCUUUUAACAAAUAUACUAUUAUGAAUAUUUCUGAAACUCAGUGUCGGAUAUGAAGUGUGUGAAAUUUAAAUACUAGCACUGGCGCACAUGAAAAUACACUAAUGUGCUUAUGUAGCUUAUGUACACAUGUGUAUACAUAAACGAACACAUGCACACACUUUUAAAUGCUUAGCUUUAAAGAAGCAGUAAAAGUCAGUAGCAUAAAUACAUUAUCUCCUGGUUUCAUAAAUAAUUGUCUUCUCAAAAGCUAAUCCACCUUGUUACUAUAACAAAUAACUCCCUAUUGGCCUGCAAUUUAUAUAAUCUUUUUAUGAAUUUCCUAGCCACAUGGUUCUGCAAAACCAGGUUCCUCAUCAGAUCUUAAAAUUGUCAGCCAUGGCCAUUAUAAGGAUAAUGUUAUGUUGUAAUAUUGUGUAGUAGUAGUAGUAAUAGUUUGUAGUAGUACUAUUUACUAGCAUAGCUGAAUGCUUUUCACCACAUUUGGUUUAUAAUAAAUAGCAAUCUGACUUGGCUGCUUUGUGAGUUUAGAGCCAAAGUGUUUCUUUGAUCAAAGAAAUGCUGAAUUUCUUAUCGUUGUUCAGCUACAGUUCUGAAGAAUACAUUGGCAAUCACCUUACACUAUACACUGUAAAUUUUGUUUAAAUUUUCAUGAAUUAUAUUUAGCUCAAGUUAGUCAUGAUCAAUCACAGCACUUGUUAAUUAAGGUAGAGAUAUCACUCACUCCACAAAACAAUUUUUCAUAAGUUGGCUGGGUCAGUACUUUUUAUUUAUUUUUUUUAUUGUUCUCCACCCACAAACUCGUUUUCUAUUAUGGUCUUCCCUGAUUAUAAAACAUUUUAUUAUAUAAUUGCGGUGUUUCUUGUAGGUUUUAGUUAAUGUCGGUUUGAUCUCCUACGAUCACUACUACAACACUAACACUUUUUUCAGCUGUCAUGUGCCAAUAUGUGGAAUAUAAAAAAAAAUUUUUUUUAAGACAGUAUCAUUGAAGAAGUACAAAACAGCAGACAUGUUCCCCCCACAUUAUCUUUGUUUCCAUGAACUAUUUUCAUUCUGAUGGAUUGUUGGCAGGUCCUUCUUCCAUCUAUAUUCUUGCAAAUGUAAUAAAACCAUCCUUUGUUAUUGUUUUCAUAUUAAAAAAAAUUAAUGUAUGUGUGAAAUUAAUUUGCUACAGUUUCAUUCGUUUGAUCUCUCUUCAUACAGUUUGUUUUGGAGCCAACUUAUAUAUAACCAGUCUUAUGUAUUUUAUUGCGAGAAUCUCAGACAAUAAUUUCUUUUGUUUAAUGAGAUUAAUAUCAGCCCUGCACGGGAGGCUGUCAAACAAUUUGGGGCUUGUAUUUAUUAUUUUUUUUUCUUCUUUUAAAACUCACAUUUAAAAACAGCAAAACCAACUAUUCCUUUGGCUUGAUACACUAGAUAUUCUAUAGUGAAUGUUCUAAUUUACUGUACUUUCUCCCCAUAUAUAACAGUUCAGGAAAAUAUUAAAGAAAAUAGUAAUAAUAAAAAUA